CUUGCUCUGGAGACGCCAUGACAUACUGCACUGGGGCUACAGCUAGGCGAGCGAUCACAUCUAUUGCUGUUGGACUAUUAAUCGUCUUCCUCUCGAUUUAUGCAAGAAACACACGCUCGUACUCUCAAUCUGCGCAGCCCUACGGCUGCUCUCUAUCACCAUUCAAACCGGCAUGUUACCACCUUACUGACAGUGUUGCUCACAGUCGUGCGGUGGCAAUGUCAAUCCACAACAGCGCCCGCUUACAGGUCAAUGAAACGCAAUCAUCUAUCGAGUUCCUUGCGAUGCUACCGUCCGGAAGACACACUGUCUCUGUACCGUGGGAUGGUCCCAACGGUCAUGGCGAGAACGUCCCUCAUACUGUUGCUCUCUUUCACCAAAUUCGAUGCAUCGAAGCCAUCAGAGAGGCAUACGCGAAGCGAUUGGGAGAGACUCACCUCAGUAGACAUUGCCUGAAUUAUUUGAGGCAGUCGCUACUAUGUCUCUCCGAUACCAAACUUGAACCUGCCAUCACACCAUUCUUUGGUCGUCACACGGUCGACUCUAGGUCGAAUUACGUGUGCAGAAACUGGACGGCGGUAUAUGCAGCUGCGGAUAUGUAUAAUAAUCUCACAGAACAGAAGAGUUAGAGCGGACCAGCUUUUGUUGGCCAUAGUUACACAAUGAGGGUGUUGCUAGGUUAUACAUGUUUU